AGCCUUGUCUACAGCAGCCAGGCAGUGCCACUGUCGACGGAGCUCCCUCUCCCUUCGCAGCUACUACUAUCGAGUAUUUUCUGUUCAUAUAUUUUGGAACAAUGCAAUUGGCACUACCCGGGGUAUUUGGCAAUGGGCCGCGGAGCAUGGUGCUAGCAGCAUCGGUUAGCGCAGUGUCGCUGGUUGCCUGCGCGCUCAUGCUGGCAGCAGCUAGCAGCGGACCAAAGGCACAGUCGCGCAAGGGCAAGGGCGACCGCAAGAAGCGGACCAAAGGCAGGUGCACCAGAGCCACUCCGGAAGAAUGCACGUAGCGGCACAUGCUAAUGAUAUCGAGACUCUGUAGUGUACCUGCGCGGGCUAUACAACCUGGGGAACACCUGCUUCCUUAAUUCCACGCUACAGUCGCUGGCGUCGCUGC